CACGGGACUAUUAUUGUGUGUGACGCAUUAAGGCUGCGCUGCUGUCACUACAUGCGAAUUAUGAUCAAUCGAAAACUUUCAAACAAUCGUCGAUUAUUGGAGAUUUCUCACAUUUUUGGUUCUUAUUAGAUCAUGAAUUUCUUCCGCAACCGUCUGGUGGUUUUGGGGCUGGUUUUAUUGGCCACAGUCCUGCUGUAUCUGCUGCUACCCGCCAUGAGGCAGGGGAGUAUGGAGCCGUCUUUGGAGGUACAGCAGCGGAUGGGACUAAUCGCCGCUUCUCCGCCUCCACCGCCGCCGUCCAGCAUCAACAUAACGGUGAGGACCGGACAGCUGCCCGGGGACCCGCCGCUCUUCUUCAGGGAAGCUCUGCCCGUGGACAGCGCUGGGAGACAGAUACUGCCCAGGCUUCAGAUGGUGCUGCUUCAUGGCCAGGCCUUCACCUCUAAAACCUGGGAGGAAUUGGGCACCCUCGGCCUGCUGGCUACCAAUGGGUAUCAAGCCCUGGCACUCGAUCUUCCCGGUUUUGGGAAUUCUCCAGAUUCUGAGUCGGUCAAGUCGGAUCAGAGCCGCGUGGAUCUUCUGAAGCGGUUUCUGGAAGCUCUGGGUGUCAGAGCUCCAGUUUUGUUGAGCCCGUCCAUGAGCGGUCAUUACGCCAUGCCGUUCCUGCAGAGACACAGUGCCCAGCUGCAUGGCUUUGUACCCAUCGCCCCUGUGGGUACCCGCGGCAUCACCCCACAGCAGUACCGGGACAUCCAGACUCCAACGCUGAUCAUAUAUGGUGAGUUGGACACCAAUCUGGGUGCCCAGUCUCAGAAGAACCUGAUUCAGCUGCCCCAUCACACCGUGGUGAAGCUGGAGGGAGCUCGACACGCCUGCUACAUGGACAAACCUCGCGAGUUCCACCGCGCCUUGCUCGACUUCCUCAGCAAACUCGACUGAGUGAUGGAGCAAGAGUGAAAAAAUACAAAGAAUGUGUGUAAAAACCUUUGAGAGACUACAGAAGAAAAAGAAAGAGAAAUGAAAUUAAUUAGAAAAAUAGAAACAGAACUGUUGCGUAGCUGAAGUAUAAAACCAGACCUGAACCCUGUAGCCAAAACACCAUUUUGCAGAUUGAUCAAACAUUCAAUUAGCCAUCCACAUCAACUCACGAAUAUUAUUUCAUUUUUUGCAGCAUUAAGAUAAAACAUUACAAUUACAGUUUAUAACAAACAAAACCAUAGCUGGCUUACAGGGGGUUGUUCCUGUAACAUUGUUGCUCUGGUUUCCAGUAUGAGGGUUGAUCUUGUUUCGGGAAAGGCCACAAAAUGCUUGGUCACCUUUUCAACUGUCAUAGCCCUCCAUCUCUACAAGGUUGCCAUGGUUUCAUUGUUCCAUUAUGCUGUUGUCAUGGUUUCCUAUCGGAAGGUUUUCCCUAUGAUGGUGUUGCCAUGGUUUCUGGUCUGAAGGUUUUUGCUGUAAUGGUGUUGCCAUGGUUUCUGAUCUGAGGAUUGUUGUUGGAACACAAUUUUACCAUGGUUUUAUAUCUGAGGGUUGUUUUGUAAUGAUGUUACCAUGGUUUCUGGUCUGAAGGUGUUUGCUGUAAUGGUGUUGCCAUGGUUUCAGAUCUGAGGGUUGUUUUGUAAUGGUGUUGCCAUGGUUUCUGAUCUGAGGGUUGUUCCUUUAACACAAUCUUUCCAUGGUUUUAUGUCUGAGGGUUUGUAUCUGUAAUGUUGUUACCAUGGUUUCCAGUCUGAGUGUUGUUCCUGGAACACAAUGUUACAAUGGUUUUAUAUCUGAGGGUUGUUUUCUAAUGAUGUUGCCUUGGUUUAUGGUCUGAAGGUGUUUGCUGUAAUGGUGUUGCCAUAGUUUCAGAUCUGAUGGUUGUUUUGUAAUGGUGUUGCCAUGGUUUCUGAUCUGAGGGUUGUUCCUUUAACACAAUCUUUCCAUGGUUUUAUGUCUUUUAGAGUUUGAGUCUGAAAUGUUGUUGCCAUGGUUUCCUGUCUGAGUGUUGUACCUGUAACUUUGGUGCCAUUGUUUUCUAUCUGAGGGUUGUUCCAUUAUUCUGUUGCCAUGGUUUUAUGUCUGAGGGUUUGGAUCUGUAAUGCUGUUGCCAUGGUUUCCAGUCUGAGGGUUUGGAUCUGUAAUGCUGUUGCCAUGGUUUCCAGUCUGAGUGUUGUUCCUUUAUACUCUUCAACUCUGAAGCACUUUUGGGCGGCUGCCAGCAAUUUUUCACACUCAAAUUUAAAAGCUCAUCAUUUACACAUACUGUGGACUAACUGCCAAAAAUUGGUCUCAUUUUUUCAGAAACCCCCCAAAUAUUUGUUGUUGUCCUAACAUGUAAUUUUGGUUCUGUUGACACCAUCUCUCUCAAAAAAGUCUUAUUUUAUUCCACUAGAUGGCAGAAAGUACUAGAAAAAAUAAUUGUUCCUCUAUCACCUUCAGUCACAAUAUGCCAUUCUUAAAUGUAGGUGGUGCUCUAAGGCAUUUUAGCCCUCACAGAUCUGCUCGUCCAUAGACAUUAAGUCUAAUUUUCAGUUUAUGCAUCACCCCCAUUGUUUCAUCGAAUAUCUCGGCCUCUGAGUAGAUUAGAAGCUCAAUCACAAGCUAAGUUCCUCCCCUUUGCAAUGAUGUAUAACCUUUUAUCAUUAAUAGUCGAUAUGAAUAUUUCUGAUGAUUUGUUUAGCAUGCUUUUCCUGUGGGAAUGCAUAUUUUGUUCUGGACAUCUAAGAUAUAACAUUGAAUUAUUCACAAGCAAGCUCACAGACAAGUAAACAAAGAACUUCCUAAGGUAAAAGCAGAUAUAAAGUUUUUAGCUAUUUGGGGCUUACAGCAGCAGCAGUUAUUGGAGCAUAAACAACAUGUUUUUAUUUGAUGACUUACAGAAAUCAUAUUUCACUUUGUGAUUCUUUUGAAAAUAUUUUAAACUGUGGUAUUAGUGCAACAAAAUAAACUAGUAACGUGAGAAUGAGAGCUUUCAUUUGAUAUAUGAUUUGUCUAUUUAAGCUAUUUUAAAGACUUUUAUAUUAAUAUUUCUACCACAUAACCACUAGAUGGUGCUUAUUUGUGACGUGAAUUUUGUUAUUUUAAGUAAAAUAAAUGCAGAAGUGAUGGUUAUCUCUGAAAAGUUCAGAUUCUAAGCUUUCAAACAAUACCACAUAUGCCUGACUUACGUAUUUGGAGACUUGAACAUUUUAAGCGUGAACUUUUUUUCCUGCAAUAUAGCGCCCCCUUUUGGACCUGCGGGUCCACAGAGUUGAAGAGGUUAACACAAUCUUUCCAUGGUUUUAUAUCUGAGAGUUGUACCUGUAACAUUGGUGCCAUUGUUUUCACAAUGAAUUUGCUGGCGAGACUAAAUUAAGCAGUAUCAUGCAUAUCGCAAUGAUAUUAAUGCACUUUUUAUUUGGCCAUUAUAUUUCCUAAAGAGCGCAUCAUUGGACUACUUUCAGAAUCCUCCAAGUCUGCACAAUUAAAAUAACAACUAAAUCGCUAUAUAGUAAUAUUUGAUUAUUUAACCGCAAACGAAUACAUCUGUGUGUGUGCUUCAGAGUGAACAAGUGACUUGCGGUUCAUCUCAUAACGUUUUCGGCGCUCUCAGAUCGGUUCACCAAAUUGUGAAAACAAAGUGCUCCAGGUUCGCACAUUCACGUAAUUCCAAACGUGUACUUCCAGUUUACCUUCAAAAUUAAAGCUCCAGGUGAAGGUGAAGAAAAUCAGAAAUUAAUUACUAUUGUAUUGUCAUUUCUGAGCAAAUCCACAAUUAUCGAGAUGAACAUCGUCGAUAGGCUGAAAAAUAUUGUAGUCACAUAACGGACAAAACAUUAUUGUGGCUAUUACAACCCCCUUAUAUCAAUCGGAUUUGCCGUGUAUCUGGAGUCUCCAAUGCUACAGGAAAAUCUCAGAGACUAUAGGAAAAUGGCACUCUCAUUUUUGCCAUAUAGAUUCAUCUUACUGUGUUUGAGGGAAGUCCAGAGUUUUCAAACCAGCAGCUGGCACAUAUUUUACCACUGAAUGUAGCAUGUGUAUACUCGGUUUGUGGAAAUUCCUGAGAUUUCAGAAAAGAAAAACAUAACUGUGGUCCUGAUAUCACCAAAUUACUUAUGAAUUCACUGGAAUUAUUAUUAUAACAACACCUGAAAAUGUAGGUGCCUAAUUGUUUCAUUGGUUGUUCAUUACAUAUUUAUUUAUUGCAUCAAAGCUUAAACAUGACAGAAACUGUAUUGUGUGUGUGUGUGUGUGGUAUUGUUGUGCUGUUUGUUUAUAGCUUGUAAAUAUGAAUAUGUUGUAAAGAACAGUGAGACUGUCAAUAUUUCUAAAUCUUCAUCCUGAUGUGGUUCUUCAUUGAGACUGAAUUCAUAUUCCUUUGUGCAUGGAGCAGCAGAACCAUGGGACAUGCUUUUGUUCAUUGCAAAAUAAAAUAAAUUCUUAUGAA